AUGACUUCAUUAGUUAAUGUUGAAGAAGAUCCAUUAAUUGAAACUGCUGCGCAAGAUGUUUAUCAAGCAAUUGUUGAUGAUGAAACAGAAUCAGAAGAUGAAGAUAUUACUUGGUUUAGAGAACAUAUAGCAUCAAAUAAAAAUAAGCAUUGGCUUAAACGACCAAGCGUCUAUAGUAUUGGAUUUGUUAAUUUUUUAUUAAUGACAAGUAUGGCUGCAACAGCACCAACAUUACAAAUUAUCAUUUUUAAAUUAAGUUGUAAUUCAUUAAUUGAUUCAAAGGGUAUUUGUGAUCCUAUUCAAACUCAAGUCUUAGUAAGUAACUUGUCAAUGUUUAAAGAGGUUGGUUGUGUUUUAAUUUCAUUAAUUCCGGUUGCUAAAAUUGGUGAAUUAUCAGAUAUUUAUGGUAGGAAACCAUUUUUAUUCUUUGCAUUAUUAGUUUUAACAAUUUCAAAAAUAUUUGAAUAUUUCAUUUAUAAACAUUCUAAUGAAUUGAAAUUUUGGUUAUUCUUAUCUGCUAAUUAUAUAAGCGCAAUUAGUGGUGGAUCUUUUGUUAUCGUCAGUUUAAUCAAUUCAUAUAUAUCAGAUAUAGUAGAAUCGCAUGAAAGAAUUUAUGCAUUGGGAUUAGCUGGUAGUUCAUUAUAUUUAGGUCAAUCAAUUGGACCCAUUUUAGGUAAUUUUAUAUUGAAAAUUGGUAAUCAAUUUGAACAACCACAAAAAUCAAUUCAUAUUAAUGCAAUAACCGAAUUAUCAAAAAUUUCAAACAGUGAGUUUGUAUUAUUAAAAUUCGAGAUUAUAAUUUACAUAAUUUUAGUUAUUUAUUUAGGUACCGUUUUUCCAGAAUCAAGAAAUGAAAAGGCAAGAAGAAAAUCAAGAGCAAACUCAAUUACAUCCACGCAACAAAGAAAAUCUCAACUGCAGUCGAUUUGGAAUGUGUUCUCUCCGCUUAAAAUUUUAUUAUAUCCAUCAGAAUUAGCAACUGCAUCGAGUAAAUCUAAAAUUUCCAAAAUUAGAUUUGUUGUAAUUUCAAUAAUUUUAUCAUCAUGUUUAUAUUCAGCUUUAAUGCUUGCAAUUGGUCAAGUUUUAGUUCAAUAUGGUAUUUUGAAAUUUGAUUGGGGUACGUCAGAGAUUGCAUAUUUAAUGACGAUUACGGCUGUUUCAAAAUGCAUUGUAUUGAUAUUCUUAUUACCAUUUUUUCAAAACACUGUGUUAAAGAAAUGGUGCGAUUUAAAAACUUUAAAGAAUCAAUUUGAUAUGAUUGAUUUUGUAUUAAUUUUAUUCGGAUAUACAGUUGACUUAAUCGUUUUCAUAUCAUUUUAUUUUAUAAAUUCAACCAAUGGAUUCAUGAUCUCAUUUGGUUUAUUUUCAUUGGGAGCAAUAACGGGUCCAACUACAAACUCCGCAUUAUUGAAAUUUUAUCCAAAUUCAAAAAUUGGUGUUGUAUUUGGUGCAAAUGCAUUAUUAUUGAAUUUUGUUUCGAUACUUGCCCCAAUUUUGAUUAUGAAUUUAUAUAAAGCUUCGUUAGAUUUUAACUGGUCAAAUUUUAUAUUUUUGAUAUAUUCAGUUUUUCUUGGUUUUAUUAUAUUGAUGACAAUUAUGAUUAAACGAGUUUUGAAAUUGAAUAGGUUCUCCAAUAAAUCGGAUUUUAGUGAAACAAAUAUUAUUUAA